UAUGACAUCAGCCAAUGAAAGUUGAUUUAUUAUGUAGUUCGCAAUAAUAUUAAUAUUUUUAUAACGAACGAUAAAAUGAGAAGUGAUCAAAUUUUUAUUUAUUAUCUAAUCUCUUUGCUAAUAUGAGUAAUUCUACUUUUGUUCUUGACAAUGGUGCCUACACCGCUAAAGUUGGGUUAGCUUCUGACAAUGCUAAAUUAGUUCCAAAUUGCAUAAUGAAAGCGAAAAGCGAACGGCGAAGACCUUUCGUAGGAAAUCAAAUUGAAGAAUGUCGAGAUGCAUCUGGGCUUUUUUACAUCUUACCGUUUCAAAAAGGAUAUCUCGUCAAUUGGGAUGUUCAGAAAACUGUAUGGGAUUAUAUAUUUUCCAAAGAAUGCUGUUUGGUGAACUUGAGUCAACUUUCUAUGAUUGUAACUGAACCUUUAUUUAAUUUUUCAAGCAUUCAAGAAGCCAUGACAGAAAUAUUUUUUGAAGAAUAUGAAUGUCAAAGUCUUUUAAGAAUCAAUGCUCCUACGCUCUCUUGUUAUCAGUAUAAGAUAGAAAAUCCUAAUGCAAAAUGUUGUAUUGUAGUUGAUAGCGGUUAUAGUUUUACUCAUAUAGUUCCAUAUGUAAACGAUACCAAAAUUAAAGAAGGUAUCAGACGUAUUGAUGUAGGUGGGAAACUUCUUACGAAUCAUCUUAAAGAAAUUAUAUCCUAUCGUCAACUUCAUGUUAUGGAUGAAACUUAUGUAAUAAAUCAAGUGAAAGAAGAUUCCUGUUUUGUUUCUCAAGAAUUUUUCAAAGAUAUGGAAACAGCUAAAAAUAAAUUAGAAAACAAUUGUAUAGUAAAAGAUUAUGUUUUACCAGACUAUACAACGUUAAGACGAGGUUUCCUCAAAAAUCCAGAACCUCCUAAUGAACAACAAACUCUACGUUUAAGUAACGAAAGAUUUGCUAUACCGGAAAUCUUAUUUUUUCCCUCGGAUGUUGGCAUUCGACAAAUGGGUAUACCAGAAGCAAUAAUGGAUUGUUUGAAAGCAUGCGAUGAAGAGACAUGGCCACAUCUUUUAUCUAAUAUAAUUCUUACUGGGGGUAAUGCAAAAUUUCCUGGUUUUCGAGAAAGAAUUUAUAAAGAAGUUAGGAGUCUAGCGCCUGCAGAAUAUACGAUAAAUGUGCAUUUACCCGAAAACCCAAUCACGUACGCAUGGCAUGGUGGUAAAACAUUAUCGAAAGAUUCGAUAUUUUCAAGUCUCUUAGUAACUAGAGAAGAUUAUGAGGAAGAAGGGCAAAAUCUUUGUUUCGAACGUUUCGAUGUUUAA